CAUGUGAUUUCUUGUAGCAAUAAAGCCGUACAGAGCAGAACCGACACAAACUCACCCUUCAACGAUGAGCCGGACAGCAGCAGCACCAGCAGCCUGGAGUUUGGUGUUUCUCCUGGCUUUCGUCGCCACUACAGGGCUCCCCAGUCGUCCCCCGACCGGCAAAGAAGCCUGGAACUAUGUGGAAGUGAGGGACGGGGCCCACAUGUUCUGGUGGCUCUACUAUGCUGACAGCCAGGAUCUGCCUCUGGUCAUGUGGCUGCAGGGUGGACCAGGAGGAUCAGGAAGUGGCUUUGGGAACUUUGCGGAGAUUGGACCUUUGGACGGGGACCUGAAGCCCAGAAAGACGAGCUGGGUGCAGGCAGCCAGUGUGUUGUUCGUAGACAACCCCGUGGGCACCGGCUUCAGCUACACCGACAGGCCGGACGGCUAUGCCACCGAUGUGGCCACGGUGGCCUCAGACAUGUUGGUGCUGCUCCAGCACUUCUUUACAGAGAGGGCAGAGUUCCAGAGCGUCCCCUUCUACAUCUUCUCCGAGUCAUACGGAGGGAAGAUGGCAGCUGCUAUCUCCUUGGAACUCACCAAGGCCAUUGCACAAGGGACGGUGAAAUGCAACUUUGCUGGUGUGGCACUUGGGGACUCUUGGAUUUCCCCACUGGACUCUGUGAUGACCUGGGGGCCGUACCUCUACACUACUUCACUGCUGGAUGAUUACGGCCUGAAGGACGUCAUCAGUGCGGCGGAGGCGGUGAAGCAGGCAGUGGAGCAGCAGCAGUUUCAGAAAGCCACCGAGCUGUGGUCUGUGGUUGAGACGGUGGUGGAGCAGAACACCAAUGGAGUGAACUUCUACAACAUCCUCACCCAGGAGCCGGAUGAGAGACGCGCCUCUGUGGCAGGAGAAGACUUUAUCUCUCUGCAGACGCGUCGCCAUAUUCGACCGCUCCAUGGCCAAUCGCUGAGCGAGCUGAUGAAUGGACCAAUCAGGAAGAAGCUGGGCAUCAUCCCCAAGAAUGUCACCUGGGGAGGCCAGGCAGAGGACGUGUUCAGCAACAUGGCAGGAGACUUUAUGAGGCCUGUGGUGGACAUGGUCGACCAGCUGCUGAUGGCCGGAGUAAACGUCACCGUCUACAACGGACAGCUGGAUCUCAUAGUGGACACCAUGGGUCAGGAGCUGUGGGUGAAUAGGCUGAAAUGGGAGGGGCUACCUGGGUUUAACGGGCUGAGGUGGACCCCCCUGGAUGACCCCACCUCCCCGGGUGUUACCGGAGCUUUCUGCAAGACUUAUAAGAACUUCGCCUUCUACUGGAUCCUCAGAGCCGGUCACAUGAUUCCCUCAGACCAGGGACCGAUGGCCUUGCAGAUGAUGAGGAUGAUCACCCAGCAGGUUUGAUCCACUGCCAGCUGGAAUGGCUCUGACAAUCACAAUGAUCACAUGACUUUUUUUUUUUUUUUUUUUUCCACCGUACUAAACCAAAAUAAAUCUGACAGCUCUGAUUACAGUAAUGACCUGUGUAAUUUUCAGCCAUAAGAACAAUAAAGGCACUUUUCUUUUUUUUUUUAGUAAA